CGUUUGCAAUGCGGUUCUCUCGUCGUUCUUCCCGGCCAAGCUCUCGCAGCUGCAGCGGCCAGGCGGCAAUGGAGGCCGAGGACUCCCCUGUCACGGAUGCCACUGAGUCCUGUUCAUCGAGCAGGGGCCAGUCCUUCAGAUCUCGGCUGAGACAGCAGGGGAUCAAUCAUGCACCGAUGCGGCCCAAGGGGGGGACGCCGGGCGUCCCGCCCCUCCACAUCUACGUCUCACAGCCGUCUUUCCAUCCUCCUGGCGAUUUGCAGCGGCAUCCGCAUAUCAGCAGUCCACCGUUUGCUCAUUCAUCGCCUGUCCGACCGCCCAUCGCAGCGGCCGCACCGUCUCGUGCCUCUGCCCCUGUGGCCCUCCCCCUCCCUCCUCCAGCCACUGGAUGCCCGGCUGCUGCUGUCCCCGCGCACGCAACGGCCACCCCGUCCUUUGCCCCACAGGCGCCGGUGGGGCAAUUCAGAGUGUCCCACCAGCAGCCCUCUUCGCCGCCUGGCUUCCCCUCCCCCAAUGCCGCAGGCGCAGUGGUGCCGAACAAAGUGCUCAUGAGUCCAUGGAGGAUGGCUCAGCCCUCGGCAGCAGCCUGUGCCGUCCCUGUGAGGCCUGAGAGGCAGCUGGGGCUGGGUGAGGGCCCGGGAAAGGACGACAGUGUCCUGAAGGAGCUCAUGCAGAGAAAGGAGAAGGUGUUUGGCCAUCUGCAGCAGCUCGCACAAGACUUCAGGUCGACGCUGGACCGGAAUCGGCGGGUCACUCCAUCCCCCAGCAACCAUUCGUUGUCUCUUUCCCUGACGGAUCAGAACAGCUGUCUCUCCAAGAUAUCGUCGCUCGUGCUGCCCUCGAGACGGCAGAUGUCCCCAGCACCAACACCAGCACCAAUACCGACUCAGAUCCAUGCGACCACUCCUUCCUUUGAGUCGCCGGUUCUAAGGCGGAAGGUCACUCGAGACGUCGCUCUGGGCCCUGAUGAGAAGGAUCGACUUAUGUUCUUGCUGGGGGAGAGGCGAAGCACAGAGACACAAACCGAAGUGGACGAGCCGGCUCGAAGAGACAGUUCAGAAGAGAGCUCGCAGGACGAAAGGACGUCAUCGAUGCUGUGGGAGGUGCGGCUGGCCGAGAAAGAGGCUGAAGUCGCCAAACAGCUGGUGGAAUCUUCCCGAUACCGGGAAGCGCUGGGGCAAGUUCAAAUCGUGGUGAGAGAUCUGAUGAAGAGACUCGAGCAGGGGCUGCUAGCCGGAAACGAGGCUGACGUCAAAUGGGACGCACUGGUGAGAUCAAUGGCAUAGGUCUCUGCCCUUUAUGUGUGCGUUUCUACAUCCGCACUUUGCUGUCUUUUGGCCAGAAUGAAAUUCACCGCCAGCUGUCGUCCUUGGGUUUUGACGACCCAAACGCCCUCGAGAGGCUCGACGUGGACCUCAAGGCCCACAUCCACUCCCUCCUCUCGCAGAAUGAGCGCCUCAUCAAGGCCAAGAUCGGCGCACAGCUUCUCCAAGUCUCAUCUUCGCCAGACAGCCGCCCUCUUAAGAAGAGCCGCAUCGUUGAAAUGAUGGAGGGCAAACCAUCGAGAGAGAUGCGAGCGCUCGAGCCGGCAUGCGAGCCUUCCCCAGUGUGGCGAGAACAGGAAGCUCCCGCUCUCAAUGCCCAUGCAGAUGUCCGCACUCAGCCCAUGCAGCACACGGAUGUCAGUCCAUCGGCCCAAGCGCUUCUGAAGCCCAAGCCGUCCCCCGAGAUGCCGCCGGCUCCCUCUCCCCCUCCAUGUCUCUCGCCAAUGUCUCCGUCGAGCCCAUGCCGACUGAGCCCCCCACUCCCGCCCAGCAGACGGCACGAGACACCACAGCCGAGGAACAUUGAGAGACACAAGGAGGAAAAUUAUGGCGAUCUGGUCCGCAUGGCGACUUCCGCGCUUGAGGACUCGAUCGCAGAUGAGGAGAGGAAAGAGAAGAUAUGGGCGGCCGAUUGCAUUCUGGAGGAGCUGCACGCGUUGAGAAGGGACAUGGACGACCUGCGGUCGAUGCAGAGGAUGGAGGAGGCCAGGAGGAGGGAAAGGCCUGGACACCAGACCGAUACAGCUGCCGCGAGAGGAGGGAUGGAGGAUCUUUGGGCCUUAAUGAGGCAGCACAACGAUGAGGAGCAGCCGGAGUAUUGGGAAGACCGACGCGUCAGCCCCGCUGACUCUGUCCACUCGCCUGUCUUCGGGCAUCCCACACUGAUGUCGCCUGUGUCUCGUGAAUCGUCAAGGGACGAAGGGAGAGCCGUCGAGACACACGAACAGCCACACAAUUCGGUACGACUGGAAGAAAGAAAGCGACACGAGAAAGCGAAAAGCAAUGUGUGUGUCUUGUUGCUGCAGCAUGAAGACAGCUCACGGACCUCCAGUGUGUCGUCACCGCACCAUCGGCAGCAAGAGGUAGACAACAAAGGAGACACACCCAAGCCUAGCUGCGAAUGUGCGUGUGUGUCCCUCACCAGGUCUCCCGGCCCGUCUUUGCUGCCCCAUUUUGUCCUCCCCCCAUCAAGGCGUUACACUUGUAUCCGAGACGGGGCAGCAGCGCGUCACGUGUGGGCAAGAUAGUCGCGGUCAACCGGCCGAUGCCGCCACCGCUGUUCGACGUGCGGUGUUUGCUGGGUUGCAAUGGCGAGAGGGGGGACCACCUGCAGGUGAGCUGGGUGGGGGAGGAAAUAUCUGCCUGUGUGUAUGUUGGAUUGUGUGUGUGUGUGUGUGGGUGGGUGUGGGUGUGUGGGUGUUGAUGCAGGGGUCGUUUCUGCCUGCUCAUGGCGAUGCGAUGGGUUCGUCCGAGGCGUGUGAGUGGACAUUUCGAAUGAGGGGAUGACGGGAUGGUUGAUGAGGUCAUGUGUGUGAAAGCUGCCGAGGGGCAGCCCAUCAAUGGCGUGGUGUGGUGUGGCUUUGCGGG